GAAGAAAAUAAAAGUGACGUCACGGAAGUAAACAAGAGCAUGUCGCACAGACAGACUCAAUCAAGAGAAAUGAACGGUCAAGCGGACGUCGAAGUUGACUACAAGCGGAAAUACAAAAAUCUCAAACGCAAAUUAAAAUUUCUUGUUUAUGAACAGGAAUGCUUUCAGGAGGAGCUGAGGAGAGCACAGAGAAAACUCCUCAAAGUUUCCAGAGACAAAAGCUUCCUUCUGGACAGACUGCUACAGUAUGAGAGAGUAGAUGAAGACUCUUCGGAUUCAGACGCAACAGUUUCUUCUGAAAAUAGUGAAGGAGAAGGCCCCAGGGAGAGGGAAAGAGAACGAGAUGUAGCAAAGAAGCGAAGAAGUAGUCCUGGGGCGUGUCUUCCUUCCUCAUCCUCCCCCCAUCUCUCCCUGCUGUCCCGUCCUGGUGUACAUCCCCUACAGUCCUCAGGCUCUGGACCCUACCUCAACACUAUGCCCUUCCCACCAGAGUAUUUGGCCCCCCCAGCUGAGCGAAUGAAGAAAGAGAGAAAAACAAAGACGCCUAAAAACAAGAGAGAGACAACGGGGAAGGUUGUUGCCCCAAUGGCAGCUAAUUACCCAUCAGCCACUGCAGCCCCUCCAACAGCCAGCGGCCCCUUCAGCUGGGUUCCCAGACAGAUGCUUAGUGGAGAUGCAGCUGAGGAGGAAGGAGACAGCGAUGCAGACAGCGACAGAGGAGACGAAGACAGAGCGGAGGGAGACGAGGCCGAACUGGUUAUUGACAUCCCUAAUGAGUGAGCCUGAGUGUGUGUUAAGAUGUGUUUAGCCCUAUUCACACGGCACUAGUAUUACCUGGGGACCACUAGUAAUUUGUAAUAACUGUGGAGGUCGUCUGUGAUCAUAAUCCCUUGUGAAUCUGCCAUAUCUGUAGUUUGUCAAGUAAAAAAUUCACCGCAAAUGACCUACCAUAUUUUGCAACAAACAGAGGUCAUAUGAUCGGCAUCAGAAAAAAAGGAGGUUUAUCACUGCUCGUGGUGCUGUGUGUAGUGUUUCUGUGGUUAGAGUGGAGUUAAAAAUGACUCUGCGCAUCAUAUCCACGGGAUAAUGUCAGUAAAUUUGAGUAAAAUACAGUCUUCCCGUGAGAAUGAGCAGCACUAAACACAGAUGUGAGGGGGGUAAUUUCUAAAUCACGAGGUCCCCAGGUAAUACUAGCUUAUUGUGAAUAGGGCUUUUAUAAGCAAAGAAUGGAGGGUUUGUGCAUCCGUAUGUGUGUGUGUGUGUGUGAGAGUGACAGACAAAAUGUGACUGACUGUAUUUUGUGUAUUCAGUAGCCCAUUACAGAUUUUCAAAAAGAGGGCUGAGCUCCCUCCUGUGGACUUUUCCUUAAUUACAGGAUCACUGUCAGAAAUAUUUCCCAGUAAAAUGUGGUUUCACAAUAUUAUGGUCAGAAUUAAAUCUGUGACAAAACUACAGUUUUUAAGCUUUUAAGAAAAAUCCACUGACGCUGGGAUGAUCGGACAUUUUACUUUUUAAACAGAUACAAGCUGCCUGCUGAUUAUUUGUUGUCCAAACAGUCUAGCAAUCUACAAACUGUGACUACAGCAAGGUGUGUCCUGCACAGAGAGAAUUUGUUUCUUAUUUGUUUGUGCAUUGUCUAAACAAUAUCCCAGACAUGCUAUUGCAGUCCAUUAAAGCUGUUUUACUCUAAUAUAAAUAUUUCAAAUAUAAGUCUUCUCUGCCUGUUACAGACAGUUUUGACACCUGUCACUUGUACUUAUUCAAGGUUAAUGUCUCUUUUUUACCAAUUGUCAAAAAGAAAUCAAAGCUACUUCAUGUUAAUUAUUUUUGCACCUUUCCAAUUGUGUUUGUGAGAGAAUAAAAUGCAAAGUGUUAUUUCAGA